AUGGCCACCAUGACGGUGACGAUGCCGCAGGCGUCGAAGAACACGGCAAGAAAGAACGCCAAGCUAGUUCCAGAGAAUGAGCGAUAUAUGCGAGCAUGCUCUGAUAUUGCCAAUGCGCUCAUUCAGGAAUAUGAGUCGUCGAGGGACUCUUCGACGCCGAAGAAAGACAUCAACCUGAACAAGUUGCGAGGCCAGGUUUCGAAGAAGCACCACCUAGCGACUCAGCCGCCACUCACGGCCAUCAUUGCGGCCGUGCCAGAACACUACAAGAAAUACAUUUUGCCGAAGUUGAUUGCGAAGCCAAUUCGUACUUCGUCUGGUAUCGCCGUCGUUGCUGUGAUGUGCAAACCCCACCGAUGCCCCCAUAUCGCUUACACCGGUAACAUCUGUGUCUACUGCCCCGGUGGUCCCGACUCCGAUUUCGAAUACUCUACACAAUCUUACACUGGAUAUGAGCCGACAUCCAUGCGCGCGAUUCGCGCUCGAUAUGAUCCCUUUGAGCAGGCCCGAGGACGAGUCGAUCAGAUCAAGGCUCUGGGACACAGUGUGGACAAGGUGGAAUACAUCAUUAUGGGUGGAACUUUCAUGUCCCUGCCCGUCGAUUACCGCGAUUCGUUCAUUUCCCAACUUCACAAUGCACUGAGUGGGUACCAAACCGACAAUGUUGAUGAGGCCGUGCAGGCGGGCGAAAUGAGCAACAUCAAGUGUGUGGGUAUCACAAUCGAGACUCGGCCCGAUUACUGUCUGGAUACCCACUUGAGCAGCAUGCUUCAAUACGGAUGCACGCGUCUGGAGAUUGGUGUGCAGAGUCUGUAUGAGGACGUUGCCCGCGAUACCAACCGUGGCCAUACCGUUGCGGCCGUCGCUGAGACGUUUAAGCUUUCCAAGGAUGCCGGCUUCAAGGUUGUCAGCCACAUGAUGCCCGACUUGCCGAACGUGGGUAUGGAGCGCGAUCUGUUCCAGUUCCAGGAAUAUUUCGAAAACCCUGACUUCCGUACCGAUGGCCUGAAGAUCUACCCCACCCUCGUCAUUCGGGGCACCGGUCUUUAUGAGCUGUGGCGGACGGGUCGGUAUAAGAACUACACGCCUAACGCCCUGAUUGAUCUGGUGGCUCGCAUUAUGGCGCUGGUGCCCCCAUGGACCCGUAUCUACCGUGUCCAACGUGAUAUUCCCAUGCCUCUCGUCACUUCCGGUGUCGAGAACGGCAACCUGCGCGAAUUGGCGCUGGCGCGAAUGAAGGACUUUGGAACGACCUGCCGUGAUGUUCGGACUCGUGAGGUCGGUAUCAAUGAAGUUAAGAACAAGAUCCGCCCCUCGCAGAUCGAGCUGAUUCGUCGCGAUUAUGCUGCCAAUGGUGGCUGGGAAACAUUUUUGGCCUAUGAAGAUCCCAAGCAGGACAUCCUUAUUGGUCUCCUUCGUCUGCGCAAGUGCAGUGAUACCCAUACAUUCCGCCCAGAGUUCACUGGCCAGCAGACUAGUAUUGUUCGGGAACUCCACGUGUACGGAUCUGCAGUCCCACUUCAUGGACGUGACGCCCGCAAAUUCCAGCACCGCGGCUUUGGUACACUGCUAAUGGAAGAGGCGGAGCGGAUUGCACGCGAGGAGCAUGGAAGCCGCAAGAUCAGUGUUAUCUCGGGUGUGGGUGUCCGCAGCUAUUAUGCCCGCCUUGGCUACACUCUGGAUGGUCCAUACAUGUCCAAGAUGCUGGAUCCUUGGGAGGAUGAGGAGUAA